UCAGUUGGAAUGUUGUCGCAGGGACUAAGACGCACUGCAGCGCUACUGACGUCACGGGCGCUCGGCCGCCGCCAGCUGAGCGCACGCAUCGUGGACGAGAGCUACGUGGAGGUGCAGCCGGCGGCCAGGGGGAGUGGCAGUGCCGCCGCACUGACCUUUCCGGCCGUUUGGCUGCGCGACAAUUGCCGCUGCCCGAGCUGCUUCCACAGCAGCUCGCAGUCACGGCAGCUGGACUGGAACCACUUCGAUCCGAACGUGCGUCCGCUGGCGCUGCACAUGGACAACGACAAGCAGCAGCUGCACGUGCGCUGGAGCGACGAGCACGAGAGCAGCUACGCGCUGGACUGGCUGCAGCAUCGCAGCUUCGAUGGGAGAAGCCAGAGCAAGUACCUCGACGAGUUCUACAGGCCGCGCACCAAGCACUGGGCGGGCGCUGAGUUCGAGCGGAUCGCGCAGCGCUUCAACUACGAUCAGGUGAUGUCCGAGGAUGAGCCACUGCAGCAGUGGCUGCAGGCGCUCGCCGUCUACGGCGUCGCGCUGCUGAACGGUGCGCCGCCGGACAAGGCGGUGGUGCGUCAUCUGGCGGAACGCGUCGGCUUCAUACGGCGCACCACCUACGGCGAGGAGUUCAUUGUGCAGGCCAAGCCGGGCGCCAAGAACUAUGCGUAUCUCUCACUGCCGCUGCCCCUGCACACGGAUCUGCCCUACUACGAGUACAAGCCCAGCGUCAACAUACUCCACUGCCUGGUGCAGACGCAGUCGCCCGGCGGCAGCAAUCUGCUCGUCGACGCCUUUCACAUAGCCGAUCGCCUGCGCCGCGAGCACCCCGACGACUUUGAGCGGCUCGCCAGAACGCUCGUCGACUGGAAUGACAUUGGCAGCGAGGAUGGACACGAGUUUCACAACAUUUGGCGGGCGCCCGUCAUCUGCCUGGACGCGGCGGGCGAGUAUACGCGCAUCAACCACAGCGUGCCGCAGCGCGACAGCCACUUCAAUGUGCCGCUGGAGCAGGUGCUGCCCUGGUACAGAUCCUACGCUCGCUUCGUGCAGCUGGCGCGCGACGACGCCUACUCGUUCAAGACGCAGCCCGGCGAUGUGCUGACCUUCAACAACAUCCGGCUGCUGCACGGACGCACCGGCUACGAUGACACCGAGCAGAACUCGCGAUAUAUUGUGGGCGCCUAUCUCGAUUGGGAUAUCGUGUACUCGCGGCUGCGUGUGCUUAAAAAGCGUUUAACCAGCAACUCCACCGCCACCACCUCCACCUCCUCCUCCUCCUCCUCCCCCUCCCCUUCCCCCUCCAUCUAAAUAAGCCAAUAAAAGUCAGCGACAUAUUUUCCAA